AAAACAAGCUUUAGUAAGCUAGGGCAGAAAGAGCUCCUGGGCGAUUCACGCGGCUUUCCCAGGCCGGCGUCCUUGAGUCUCUAGAACGGAAAACCGGGAGAGACCUGCGCGUCAGAGCACUGAGUUCCGGAGUUCACCUUCCGCCCAGCGCGGAGAUAAAGCGCAGCUCUCCCACUCCGAGCUUUGGCGCCCUCUUGGGCUCAGUUGCCCCCAGAGCUGCAGAUGGCGAUUCACGCACACGCUUCCUGCCGAGUGGUCUGGGGUCCUCGGGGCGCCUGGCUGCUGGGUGGCCUCUGGGUCUGGGCGCUGUGCAGCCUGUGCGGCCUGGGGACAGCAGGCUCACCGGAGACACCGCAGCCAUGCCAGGCGCCCCAGCAGUGGGAGGGACGCCAGGUUCUGUACCAGCAGAGCAGCGGGCACAACAGCCGCGCCCUGCUGUCCUACGAUGGGCUCAACCAGCGCGUGCGGGUGCUGGACGAGAGGAAGGCGCUGAUCCCCUGCAAGAGAUUAUUUGAAUACAUUUUACUCUAUAAGGAUGGAGUGAUGUUUCAGAUUGAACAAGCCACCAAACAGUGUGCAAAGCUAUCCUUGACAGAACCCUGGGAUCCUCUGGAUAUACCCCAGAAUUCUACCUUUGAAGAUCAGUACUCCAUUGGGGGACCUCAGGAGCAGAUCACAGUCCAGGAGUGGUCCGACAGAAGGACAGCCAGAUCCUAUGAAACCUGGAUCGGCGUUUACACAGCCAAGGAUUGUUAUCCAGUCCAGGAGACCUUCAUCAGGAAUUACACUGUGGUCCUGUCCACACGUUUUUUUGAUGUGCAGCUAGGCAUUAAGGACCCUUCUGUAUUCACCCCGCCAAGUACAUGCCAGACAGCACAGCCAGAAAAGAUGAGUGAGGACUGCUCCUGGUGAACUUGACGCCACACAAAUGACCCUUGGCUCUUAGUGACCCCAUCUCACACAAAUGACCCUUGGCUCUUAGUGACCCCAUCUGGAAAUGGAUUAGAGACUGGUUUGGUUGGGAUGCAGCUCUUCAAUGGAAAUAAAGAUAAUCUUAGGAGAUAAACCCUCAUGUGGGAUUUCUUAAACAUCUGACUCUGGCUGCUCAGUUCCAUUUUCAGUAGAGAACUUGGGGCAGCCUCAACUGGCGGUAGGGACACUUUGCACACUUCCAAUGCCUGUUUGGGGCUGUCCUUUCUGUGUGCGGGUGUGUAGUCUGUGCAGUAGAGUAGGAAGGGGUGAGGGUGAGUACAUGAAGUUUGCCUCUGCAGGGAUGAACAUUUUACUAUUGUAAUUACAAACUGAAGGAGCUAAUAAAAUGUAGAAUGAUUUAGUUUGUCUGCACCAGAGUGGCAACAAUGUCCACUGACCACACCCCUACCUUUGGCUACUGCAAAAUGACUCUUUAAGAUUCCUUCCAGACUUGAAAUUUGUGGCAUGACCCGAUGAAUGUAGAUAUUCUGCAAGAAAGUGGAAAUUUAUAAUAGGGAGCAAUGAUUCCUCUGAAGGGAAAAGCAAGUUUUAAGCAGGAGGCUUAGACAAUCUUAUUAUUCACACAUGAAUGAAGUAAGAGCCAUGUGUGUGCUGCUUUCUGUGCUAGAGUACUGAUUAGUGAGAUGACCCUUUAUAUAUUCUAGCAAGCAGUCAGACUUCUAAAACAGCACUGAACUGGGAGGCCCCCUCAGUCAGGACUAGAAUUCUCUUUCACUCCUAACUCCUGUAAGUAUUAAAUGCACUAGGCUAGCUCUGGCCUUGACUUUCCUGGAACUCCAUCUCACCAUAACUGUGUCAUUGUGACUUCUGCUCAUCCUUCUCAGGUCGGCUCACAUGUGACCUCUGUAAACUGCCCUCACACCUGCAUUGAUUGCACCUUGCUGCUUGGCAUGCCUUGCUCACAAUACUUAUUAUGCUGUGUGAGGAUUUCCUGAUUACUGGAAACUGCCCUCUGCUAUCCUGGCUAAGAGCCCUUUGAGUACGGGUAUCAGGUUCUGUUUACUUUAAUAUCUCCAGUAUCAAGCAAGUGCCUGGCACGUAUUCAGUGCCCUCAACAUUUGUAGUGUGGAGCUCACCAACUCUGUUUGUGUUCAGUUUCCUCAACUUCUAAUCAGGGUUGGGUUUUCUGAUUGCUAGGGACACUUCCAGUAACACAGCUUACUAUUAUAGAUUCUUCUAUCUCUGUGUCUGUGUUUGAUUUGGCCAUGUAUCAUCUUUAGUUAUCAAGAGAAAUGUGUGAUGCUUGCUUUAUGCUGAAAACAAUCUAUAUUGUAAUUUAUACCAUAAGCAAAUUUGAUGACAUGUCACAAAUUAUUUUUUUCAUGUGUUUGUCUCUGUAAUGAAUAUGAAUGAACUCAAUUAUAAGGAAGUUAAAACUCUGCUGUAAUAAAUAAAUAAAAUACUUCCCAUAAUAAAAAUCAAGUUGGUUAUCCUGUC